AUCUAGAGAGAGAGAUGGGGAGAGCACCAUGCUGUGACAAGGCAAAUGUGAAGAAAGGGCCAUGGUCGCCUGAAGAAGAUGCAAAGCUGAAGGAGUUCAUUGAGAAAUUCGGGACCGGUGGAAAUUGGAUUGCUCUACCUCAAAAAGUUGGUCUGAAAAGAUGUGGAAAGAGCUGCAGAUUGAGGUGGCUUAACUAUCUUAGGCCCAACAUAAGACACGGCGAAUUUUCCGACGAAGAAGACAAAUUAAUCUGUACUCUCUAUGCCACCAUUGGUAGCAGGUGGUCGAUCAUUGCAGCUCAAUUACCAGGAAGAACAGACAAUGAUAUAAAGAACUACUGGAACACAAAGCUCAAGAAGAAACUCAUGUCCAUGAUUAUUCCUUCAUCAAACCUGCAGGCCAAAUUUCCACCGCCAUUUUCAGGCACACUUCAAAACUACCAACCGCUAUACAACGACUACAACAACUCAUCGUUUUUCAGCUUCCAGGCGUCUGCUAAUUAUAAAUCUCUCCACACAAUUUCAGCCCCACCACAAAAUCAUUUUCUCUACACUACUAAUAAUUCCGACAACAACAACAACAACAACUUCUCACUAUCCACCACCACCGCCGCCGCAACUCAGUAUCCUUAUAAUUAUGACCAAAAUCAGGGAUUGGUGGAUUUCCAGUACUAUGGGAAAGACGAUAACAAUAAUAACAAUAUGCUUGUGUUUGGGGGGAACGACCAUCAGCCGAGUUGUUCUUCAUCUGAUGGGAGCUGCAGCCAGGUCACCUACGGCGGCAAAGAUUAUCAAGUCAAGCAAGAAGAGAUAAUGGCCGCCGCCGGCGGCGUGUGCCGACAGGGUUUUGUGAUAUCGAAUAAUGGGGUUGAAGAAAAGCAGAAAUUCAUGCUUAUUAACAAUCCAAAUAUUACUGAUCAGAAGGCAAAUGGGGUUUUGGAGAACAGUUGUAAUAAUGGGAGCAUCGUGAUCAACAACAAUGGCGGCAACAGUUUCUUGUUCAAUGAUGAUGAUGAUGAAAACAAGACUUGUGAGAAGGGGAUGUACUAUUAUUACCAGUGAUGCAUGGAAAAAUAAAUUGACAGUAUAAAGUACCAUCAGAAAGAUUUGAAGGGGCAUGGGCCUUUC